AUGGCUAUAAAAACUGAUCGACACGCGUUAGAAGCUCAUAUAUCUCCAACAAUAGCUGCCAACACCAAAAGACUACUUCUAAGCGACCUAGUUUCAUCCGAUAAGAUCGAUCAAGUCCCCUCUAACUACAUCCGUCCAAUCUCCCAACGCCCCAAUCUCCAAAACGUUUACCAUGAUCAUACCAUCCCUCUCAUUGAUCUCCACGAUCUUUCUACUCCGAAUCGCUCUCAUGUCGUCCAACAAAUUGGUCGAGCUUGCCGCGACUACGGCUUCUUUCAGGUCAAGAACCACGGUGUACCGGAAUCCACCAUAUCCAACAUGAUGAAUAUCGCUAGAGAAUUCUUCAAGUUGCCGGAAGAAGAGAGGCUCAAGACAUACUCCGACGACCCUACAAAGACAACAAGACUAUCCACCAGCUUUAACAUCCGUACAGAAAAGGUUGCUAACUGGAGAGACUUCUUGAGACUCCAUUGUCACCCGCUACAUGACUACAUCCACGAAUGGCCCACCAACCCGGAGGCUUUCCGCGACCAUGUGGCGGAGUAUUGCCGGAGUGCAAGAGGGCUAGCCCUCGUACUAGUUGAGGCUAUUUCGGAAAGCUUGGGGCUCGAAAGAGAUUAUAUCAACAGACAAUUGGGGAACCAUGGACAACACAUGGCUUUGAAUUACUACCCACCAUGCCCACAACCAGAUUUGACUUAUGGUUUGCCUGGACAUACUGAUCUUAAUCUCAUCACCAUUCUUCUUCAAGAUGAGGUCCCUGGUCUCCAGGUUUUGCGAAAUGGUAACUGGGUUGCUGUUGAUCCUGUUCCUAAUACGUUCAUCAUUAAUAUUGGUGAUCAAGUUCAGGUGCUGAGUAAUGAUAAGUACAAGAGUGUUCUUCAUCGAGCUGUGGUGAACUGUGAGAAAGAACGGAUAUCUAUACCAACGUUUUACUGCCCAUCUCGUGAUGCAGUGAUAGGUCCUGCUUCAGAAUUGGUAAGUGGUGAUGAACCUGCUGUUUAUCGACAGUUCACAUAUGGAGAAUACUAUGAUAAGUUUUGGAAUCGAGGGCUUGCAACUGAGAAUUGUUUAGAUAUGUUCACGGUGACCUCCUCAUCCAGUUGA